AUGGAGCCUACCACUCUUCCUUCCCUUCUUGGUGAUUUUAACGAGCGCUACUCGGUCUCCGUAACUCCUUUCAAUGUUACAUUCUCCGAGGAUCUGCUGCUUCUGCCUUCAAAAAGCAACGACACCAUCAGGGCUACAAACAGGGACACUAUAAGGCUCAUCAUCGCCGUGUGUAUCACGGCUCUCUACUCUCUCAUCUGUGUGGUGGGACUACUAGGAAACGUGCUUGUAAUGUACGGGGUGAUCAGGUACACCAAGAUGAAGACCGCCACCAACAUCUACAUCUUCAACCUUGCUCUUGCUGAUGCUCUCGCCACCAGCACCCUCCCCUUCCAGAGCGCCAAGUACCUGAUGAGAACAUGGCCCUUUGGGGAGCUGUUGUGUAAAGUGGUUAUUGCCAUCGACUACUACAACAUGUUCACCAGCAUCUUCACUCUCACCAUGAUGAGCGUGGACCGCUACAUUGCUGUAUGUCAUCCUGUGAGGGCCCUGGACUUCCGCACGCCUGCCAAAGCCAAACUCAUCAACGUCUGCAUCUGGAUCCUCUCCUCUGCUGUCGGAGUACCUGUGAUGAUCAUAGCUGUUACCAAGGUGAUGGAUAAAGGAAACACUGUCUGCACACUCGGAUUUCCCGAACCUGACUGGUACUGGGACACAGUGAUGAAAAUCUGCGUGUUCAUCUUUGCCUUUGUGGUACCUGUCCUGGUCAUCACUGUCUGCUAUGGUCUGAUGAUCCUGCGACUCAAGAGCGUCCGUCUGCUCUCUGGCUCUAAAGAGAAAGACAGGAACCUGCGGCGCAUCACCCGCAUGGUCCUGGUGGUCGUGGCAGCCUUCAUCAUCUGCUGGACUCCCAUCCACAUCUUCAUCAUUGUCAAGACCAUGGUGAAAAUUGACAACAAGGACCUCCUUGUAAUGGCCAGCUGGCAUCUGUGCAUUGCACUGGGCUACACCAACAGCAGUCUCAACCCUGUGCUGUACGCCUUCUUGGAUGAGAACUUCAAGAGGUGCUUCAGGGAUUUCUGCCUGCCCUAUCGCUCCCGCCAGGACCAGAGCAGCUUCUCCAGAGCGCGCAACAGCACGCGAGAGCCUGUGUCUGUUUGUGCUCCUGCGACGAGAGAGAGACAGCCGGCCUGA